AUGGCCAAGAUGAAGCAAAAGGGAAAGUCGGGCGCGGCCAAGAACUAUGUCACACGUAACCAGGCUAUCAAGAAGCUCCAGGUGACCCUCGCCGACUUCCGCCGUCUCUGCAUCCUCAAGGGUAUCUUCCCACGUCAGCCAAAGAGUGUUCGCAAGGCCAACAAAGGCUCGACGGCUCCCACCACCUUCUUCUUCGCCAAGGACAUUGCCUACCUUCAGCACGAGCCGGUGCUCCAGUCGCUGCGUGAGCACAAGACAUUUGCCAAGAAGCUCUCGCGUGCCAUCGGUCGAAGGGAAUGGGCAGCUGCCAAGAACCUUGACGAGGGCAAGCCCACCUACCGUCUGGAUCACAUUAUCAAGGAGCGAUACCCCACCUUCCGUGAUUCGCUCAAGGACAUCGACGACGCUCUCUCGCUGCUCACCCUGUUCGCCAACCUGCCCGCCACCGACAAGGUCUCUGCGGAUGUGAUCGCUACUUGCUCUCGCCUCUGUGCCGAGUGGCAGCUGUACGUCAUGAAGACCAAGGCGCUCAAGAAGGUCUUCCUCAGCAUCAAGGGUAUCUACUUCCAGGCCGAGGUCAACGGCGAGACCAUCACCUGGCUCGUACCCUACCUCUUCACACAGCACAUUCCCUCGGACAUCGACUUCCGCAUCAUGUACACCUUCCUUGAGCUCUAUCAGACCCUUCUUGGGUUCGUGCUGUUCAAGCUGUACACGGACGAGAACCUCGUCUACCCGCCCCGAUUCGAUGCCCUCAAGGACGAGCAGGCUGCCGGCUUUGGCGCGUUGAGCCUUGACCCGGCUAGUGCGGCUGUGCUGCGCGGCGAGAACACAAUUGCAACGGUCACAAAUGGAGCAGCAACGGCAUCCUCGUCCUCCACUGUCGUCACCGCCUCGGGUAAGAAGGUCUCGGCGAAAGACGUCAAGAAGCAAAUCAAGGCGAUUUCCAAGUCAGGGACCGUGGCCGAAGACGCAGAGGACGAGCAGGAGGCGGCAGAUGCUGAACAGGCAGUGGAACAGGAGGCAGACAAGUUUGUCGAGCAGCCCUCGAAGUCCACCGAGGAGCAAGAGUCGGACGCUCACUUGACGACCUUUGACGAGAUCCAGGCAGCUUCAGCAGCAAGCGAGGGGGCUGCCAACGGACUGUUUACGCCCUACGUCUUCUACAUCUCGCGAGAGUGUCCACGGGCCGUGAUCGAAUUCGUGCUGCGGUCGUUUGGCGCGCUGCCAGGAAGGAUCGGAUGGGACAUGGUGGCGGGCGCAGGCAGCGCAGUGGACGAGGACGACGCGAGGAUCACACAUCACAUCAUCGACAGGCCGGUGCCAGCGAGCGGUAUGAAGAGAUACGCGGGCAAGCGCGUGUUUGUGCAGCCACAGUACAUUGUGGACUGCGCCAACGCGAGGAAGCUGCUGCCGGCCGGGCCUUACGGGCCUGGUCAGACGCUGCCGCCGCACUUGAGUCCCUUCGUGGACGAUGCCGAGGUGGCACGCCGUGGUGGCUACGUUCCCGAAGAGGCGAGGGAGCAGCUGGGUCUCGAGGCGGAUGCUGCUGCUGUCGCUUCGGAGGACGACGACGAGGAAGACUCGGAUGAGGAAGUCGAAGCCGGUGAGGACGUGGACGAAGAGGAGGAAGACGAAGAGGCCGAGGCAACAGCAGUCAAGUCGAACGGCGCGGCAUCACGUCCUGCGCUGGCAGCGCUGUUGGCCGACCCGACGGAUGCUGGUCAAGCCGGUCUGCUCGAUGCAGCCGAACUGGAGGCCGAAGCUGCCGGCGGUGAAGACGCGUUGGAAGAGAUGCGUCGCAAGCACACGGCAGCGCUUAAGCAGGCCAAGAAGAGCAACAAGGGAUCGUCGAAGCCCGCGGCGCGCAAGACCGAGGAGCAGGAGGCCAAGGAGAUGUCCAAGAUGAUGAUGAGCAACCGCCAGCGCAAGCUGUACGAGAAGCUCAACUAUUCGUCGGGCAAGCGUGCCGAGGAGACGGCCAAGUUGCAGCAGAAGAAGAAGGCGCUCAACAAGAAGGCGGUCAAGGGCCGAAAGUGA